AGUCAGACACCUUCAAUCGCCUGCGAAGCCACCUCUCCGAAUAGUAAAUGUUUCAUGCAGCGGACUUCGCCCACAGCGGCCAAUCAUCGCCCUACGUGUCAAAUAUAUUCCCAAUCAAACAUGUAGCCGUUAUAAUCUACGUCUUUGCCAUGCUGUUCUGCAGCUGGCCUUAUCGCAUUCGAUUAGCGAUGUCAGUGAAUUUUGAUCAGUCUUCAACUUGUCGAGGACGACCGUACAAACCUCCAUACAUGCGACUAUGACGGAGCAAAAUCCGACUAUUCGUAGUGUCCAGGUGAACGACACCAGAAUAAUCCAGGGCGGAACAUACGAAAUCACCUUCGAUACGACACCUAAAUUCAUAAAUUACAUGCUUGUGUUACAGUCUUCACAAGAGCAGUAUGAGAUCCUCAAAAAUGAUGCCACAGGUGGCAAGUUUUUAUGGCGGCUCUCCAAUACCCUCACACAACUUCCCGACGGAUGGUACCAGAUCGGAUUGGAGCAUCGGGCUGUCGAAAAUCGAGUCCUAAGUCAACCCUUCCAGUUAUUAAAGACCGACACAGAACCCCCCGUUGCCAAAUCGUUACCCUAUUCCUCCACGUCGAACGAAAUCAUCCCCAGUAUCCAGCCUCCCAUACCUCCUCCAACACCGAUACCACCAGUAACCUCGAAACAACAACUCCAAGACCCGAACUUCUCGAGCGACACCUCCUCCUUAGAUUUCUUCCCUACAGUAUCAACAAAUUCAACAAAUACCUCGACCAACACAACAGGCACAACAAGCACAACAGACCUCGCUCCCUCGACAUCCACAUCAACAACACCCACAUCAAUACCCGUUUCGACCGUGAAAGUCGGCAUGGCCGCUGCAGAGAAAGUCGGACUGGCAGUUGGUAUAGUCGUCGGCGUAGUACUCAUAGCCCUGGGAGCUUUCGCGCUGGGGAGAAGAAGAUACAACACCGCCGCUGUCCCCAUCAUGCACGAAAGACCCCGACAAAGCUGGUGGUACUGGCAGCAGAUCGACGGCAACAGGAUCGUGCCAGUUGGGACGCCUGCCAGCAUAAGGACACCGCAACUGAGGCAGGAGAUGAUGGCAGCCGAGAGAGAGCGCUACGAAUUGGAGUCGCCGGAAGACACGGUACCGGUCUUCUCGUUCUCUGUGCAUGAGCUCCCCGCAGCUAUUCCAGGCUACAGGUGGAGUGCGUCGACACAGGGAUCGGAUAGGGCGAAGUUUAAGGAGAGGCGAUAUCGAUACGAACCGUGAGCGUUGCGGAUUUCGGCAGGGGCCGGUUGAUUCAUGUUGUUACGAUACCCAGCAUCUUUUUUUGUUGUAAUUACACAUACCCACAUUAGCAUUUGAAUGGGAC